GCCUCUAUUGUCUCUGACAUAACUCGAGACAAAAUUAGUAUGAAAAUCAGACAAAAUUAGUAUGAAAAUCCAGAAAAAGAAGAAAUCCAAAAAUGUGGAAUUUUAUAGGGUGGAGGCUUUUUGGGCCAGACCCGAUCGAUCAACCGGAGCGGUGAUAGCAUGCAAGUCGCUGCUCGAAGCUUCUGGUCGGAACAGUGUCGCCCCGCGAUUCUACACCUAUUCGUCGAUGCGGCCUGAAGGGUCUACCGAUUGGAACUCUAUCAAUUCCGCCAUUAAUGUCGCCCUGAAGCUUUUGGGGAAACAAUCGAUGACACCACCACGAGGACGGAGGACCCCUGUCAAACCCGAGGCUGACACAUCAACCCAACGGCUGACGGAGAAGUACGAGCUUUGGUGCCGGCUCCGCCAUCUCCCAUACGGAGGCGCCCAGUGCACUCCCGCUCGCUCCACCACUGCGUCAGUCGGCGCCGCAACUCCACGACCAGAAAGGAGAUGACGCUUCAAGCUAAGCUAAGUUGGGUCCCUCACCGACAGAAACCUUAAGGCUCGGGGUUUGUGGUGUCUGUGGCCGUGGUCGUAGCCGCUGGGAGUAUCUCUGGCUGAAGGCAUUGUCCGGUCGCACCCUUUCUUCUCUAUGGUUCUGUCUAAAGGGACAUCUGCAUGAUAGGUCAAAUUGGGCGUUGCUUUUGGUCCAUGGAGAGUGCAUCUAAGUAAGCUUAACUUCUGGACCAUCAUAAGGAAGAUCUUCAACGAGAAAAUCCUAGGUGCUAAUCAAGACAAAAACAGUGGGCCAGCCCACCGGUGAUCCAAUCCAAUUUUUCAGCGGGCCAGAAUUUAACAACAAUUUUUCUGCCAUUCAAAAGCUAAGUGAUUCAAUACAGCCUCUACUAAAUGAAUACGGAGUAUAUGUGAAUAUAUAUGAUUAAAAAAAUCAUAAAUAAAAACAUUUGAAAAGAUAUUUUAAGUGGUUUAAUUGUUUUUACUCUUGUUAAGCGUGUGUAAUGCUAACAUUGAAAACGGACUUAUAUAAUCCGACCACUCGCGUACACCGGGCGAGCACACACACUCGUACACUGGCUGAGCACACACACUCGCGCCACCGGGUCACGUCAUAUGGGUGUGGCGAUUAAUAAGCUUCAAUAUAAAUGUUAAUAUCGCACACUCUUGACUUCAUACGAGCUCUUGUGUGCUCUUACCCUUUCCUAGUGCAUCACACUCCGACCUCGGGGGACGAGUCACCCGUUCAAAAGUUUUUACUUGCGGGUUCAAACUACUAACCUCGGGCGGCGAGUUAAACUCUUGUUAGGGACCUAGUGCCACGCUCUUCCGAGCAAUUUUGUCACUUAAUUGACAUUCACAUUUCCCGAAAAGGUUGAUAUACUUUAGUUCUUUGGGGUUGGAUUAUCUGUUCGGGUGGGGAGUCCAACUCACUUACUCGCGGAUUCAAUCUUUCGUUUGGAGACUGGGUUGAGGCCUAAGUUGGGAACUUGAUGUCACUCUUUUCAAGUAGUGAGUUCGACUCACUUACACACUGAGCCGUAGUUCGACAUUAGGCCAGAUUCUCUAUUCUACACUAGUUUCUUUUAUGUGUAGGUACAACUGAAUGAAGUGGGGAAUUGAGGAUCUUACCGUCUUCAAGGAAGCAAAUGACGAACCUGACGAGUCUGGGCCCGACGAGAAGAACAGUUCUAGUCAUCCUAUUCGCAGAUGGCGGCCAUUGCAAUAAAGGCUGAGGAUCUCACCUCUUGCUUCAUCUUGGGGGCGUCAAAUGUACUCUUUUUCCCUUCAUUAAGUUUUUUUCCCAUUGGAGUUUUUCCUAAUGAAGGUUUUUAAUGAGGCAUCUCCCCAACAUGGACAAGGGCGGGAAUCUUCUAGUCUCGGAAAAGAGCAACUGACUUGGACUACUCCCUCUUAUCCGAGUCUACUACUCGACUAAGGUAGUGGGGGACUCGUGAUGGAGUAAUAGGACUAGGCCCAGAGCCUAAUCAGCCCAAGCCCCGAACUUGGACUCGUGGAUCCAAGUCCACAACCUGGAGCCUAUCAGCUCGGUGGGGAGCCUGCCAGUCCGGCCGACAUCCCAACCCGGAAGAGUAACGACAAACAAUUAAUGCGCUAUUAAUUAUGUACUUAAUUUCGUAUUAAUGUUGUAAUUAAUUAGUCAUUAUUAUCGAUAGCGGUUACGAUUUGUAUACGCAAAUAAAAGGUGAGUUGUAAUUCGGAUUAGAGAGGGCAAUUUCUACAUGCUAUUUCUGGCAACUAAAUACUUUUAGCUUAUUUCCUUAUUUGCAUUA